AUGGCAGGCACGGAAGACGCCUUCGACGGCGACGUCUCCAUGGGCGAUGCCGCCCCGGCCGUGGUGGCGCAGGCGCAGGCGCAGGUUGAUCCUACGGAGGAUGCGGUGUUGGCUACGCUGUGGGCGAAGCAGAAUGUGCGCGUGCUUCCGGGGUCGUCGGACACGGCUGCUUCGUUUGAAUUUACGAAUGAGGAUCAUACACUUGGUAAUGCGUUGAGGUAUAUUAUCAUGAAGAACCCCAACGUCGAGUUCUGCGGCUACUCGAUCCCCCACCCCUCGGAGCCAAAGAUGAACAUCCGCAUCCAAACGUACGAGGGCACGGCGUUCGAGGCGCUGGAGAAGGGAUUGGAUGACUUGAUGGAUUUGUGUGAUGUUGUAGCGGAGAAGUUUGUCGGUGAGAGGGAGGCGUUUGGGAGGCAGUAG